AUGGGUACAAUUGAAUCUUAUAUUGAUGACUUUGAGGAAUUGAAAUCUCUGAUGUUGCAACAGAAUAAUGGGCUUAUUGACUCAUAUUUUCUUGUAAGCUUUAUUGGGGGUUUGAAGCUUGAUGUUAUGCCCUUUUUUGAGGCUUUUAAACCUGCUACCUUGGCAGAGGCUGUUGAGUUUGCCAGGUUACAAGAGGAGAGUCUAGAAGCUGCUAAGGGUCAGACUAAACCUUACUCUCCUAGUGCUAAAACUUCUUUCUCUGGUUCUUCUACCUCUAAAACCAGCACAGUAAAUUCUGGUGCUAUGCCUUAUGAGAGAAACCAUAAAUGCCCACUUAAGCAAACUCAACUAUUUAUAGUUGAAAUACCUGGAGAAGAUGAGAGUGAUGAGGAUGGUGUAGUAGAAUCUGAACCAAAUCUAAAUACUGCUAUAGAAAAUCUGGAACCUUAUAUUUCAGAUAAUGCUUUGACUGAUGUUUGUGACAAGAGAUCUUUACAUAUUUUAAUUGAUUCUGGAAGUACACACAAUUUCUUAUAUGUAGAUAUUGCUAAGAAGUUGGCUGCGGAAUUGACAGGAAUUGAAUUCACUUCUGAUGUGCUGCUCAUUUCAUUAGGAAGUUGUGAUAUGGUUUUAGGAGUUCAAUGGUUGAGUAUGUUGGUUACAUUAUUGCCUGAGCAUUUAGAUUCUAACAUGUUCUGUCUAGAGGUUGAGUUGACUAAUAUGCCUGAAAGUAUUAGCAACCUGUUACAAGAGUACACGGAAGACCCAUUAGAGUUUGGUGCAAAUCCAGUGAGCAUUAGACCAUAUAGAUAUCCUCUGUCUCAAAGGGAUAUAAUUGAGAAGUUAGUGAAGGAAAUGUUGGAGCAAGGCAUAAUCAGGGACAUCUGCAAUCCUUUUGCUUCUCCAGUGGUGUUAGUAGGGAAGAAGGAUAGAUCUUGGAGGCUAUGUGUUGACUACAGGGAACUUAAUAAGAAGACUAUUAAGGAUAAGUUUCCAAUACCAGUAGUGGAUGAGUUGAUUAAUGAAUUGGCAGGUUCUUGGGUUUACAGCAAAAUUGACUUAAGAGCUGAGUAUCAUCAGUUAAGUUCAUUACAGGAGCAUUUAGCUCACUUGAAAUCUGUGUUUGAAUUGAUGAGACAGAACACUCUUUAUGCUAAGAUGAGAAAGUGUGUUGAAACUGAUCCUAGAAAAGUUGAAUCAGUUGUUCAGUGGCCUGUCCCAAAAAAUGUCAAAGAGUUGAGAAGCUUCUCGGGGUUGGCUGGUUACUAUAGAAAGUUUGUUAGAGGCUAUGGUUACAUCAGCAAGCCUUUGACUCAGCUCUUGAAGAAAGAUUCAAAGCCCUUUGAAGUGGAAACUGAUGCUUCUAAUAUGGGAAUUGGUGCAGUUCUUGUGCAAGCUGGUCAUCCUCUGGCAUUUUUAAGUAAAGAUUUGGGUCCAAGGUGGCAAAAACUUUCUGUUUAUGAGAAGGAGCUUUUAGCUGUUGUAACUACAGUUCAGAAUUGGGAACAAUACUUAAUUGGGGAACAUUUUGUAAUUAAGACUGAUCAGAAAAGUCUUAUAUGGUUGCUACAACAAAAAAUCUCAACCCCAUUUCAGCAACUUUGGUUAUCCAAGUUAAUGGGAUUUAACUAUGAUAUUGUAUAUAGAAGUGGAAGUGAGAAUGCAGUUGCAGAUGCUUUGUCAAGGGUUUUUUGUUUUGAAGUUUUAUGCUUAGCUCUCACUGUCCUGGAUUCAAAUUUAGCUCAGAAGCUUAAGGACAGUUAUGAAAGGAAGGGCAAGCUUGUUGUGGGACCAGAUGAUGAACUGAAAUCUGCUAUUUUGACUUGGCUACACUCAUUUGGGCAGAGUGGUCAUUCUGGCAGAGAUGCUACUUUGGUCAAGGUGAAGGGCAUGUUCUAUUGGAAAGGAUUGACUACAUUGAACAAAAUUACUCUUUCACCUCUCUGCAUUGGUAUACUUUUGCUGGACCUUCAUCAUGGCGAUAGUGACCAAAUUGCUUUGAAUGCAGGGAAAGCUUCAAGCUCUACUGCAAACACAAGCUCUACUGCAAACAAUGUUUCAAAGACAAAUCAUGUGAAUGAGGGAAAUGCAUUUUCAUUUUCUAAUCCUAAAGGCCAUGUUACAGACUUUUCUGCACAAGAAGUGUAUAGGUCUACAUAUUAUGUAAUUAGGUCACCUGCUUAUCAAUAUGAUAGACAGAAAAAUGGGAUGCCAACGUCUAUUGCAUUGAAGUUACAAUCCAUUCGUCAUGCCUCCACUGCCACAGCUGGACAACCAGAGUAUGAUGAUGAUGAAAAUGAAGAAGUUGCUGCUAAGAAGAGAAAGGAUGCAUCUCCAGAGGAAUCUAUAUUCAUUUCGAGUAGUAGAGGCAUUCUUGAUUUUCUAAUGCUUGUAUCUGUAACUCUUUGUUGCAGGCACAAGGAAGAACCAAAUAUCACAAGUCUCAAAUGA